AUGCCUGCCCGUCGGCCCGUGCUCAAAGUCGUAGCCAGGCGCACAUCCGACUCCUGUCCCUUCCUGAACGAGGAGCUCGCAUUCGAGCUCUGUCCGGGCGAGGUAGUCUGGCUAAGAGGCGCCUCCGGGGCCGGCAAGUCGUACACGAGCCUGCACCUCGCCGGGCUCGCGAAGCUUCCCGGCGCAGAGAUCCACAUGGAGUGGGAUCCGAGCGUCGCCGCCGCGCAGCGCAUCGGCUUCCUAUUCCAGAAGGGCGUGCUCAUCGACUCACUCUCGCUCGCCGCCAACCUCGCGCUCGCAGCGGAGGCCGCCGCCCUGCCUGCAGACUCGGACGCGAUCGCGGCGGCGCUCGAGGCUGUGGGUCUCUCUCCCUCGGCCGACGGGUCAAAGAUGCCGGGCGAGCUCAGCGGCGGCAUGCUGCGCCGCGCCGCCCUCGCCCAGAUCCUCGCGCAGCGCAAGCGCGUCGUGAUUCUGGACGAGCCGUUUGUCGGGCUCGACCCUCCCGUGGCGGGGGAGAUCACCGCCCUCCUCAAGCGGGUCGCCGCAGAGCACGGCAUCGCUCUCCCGCUCCGCCUCCUCUCGCAGUGCGACAUGCCUCUCUUUACGGAUGCCGCCGACGGAGACGCGGCGCGGCAAGACGCAGACCUGUCGGGACUGCGCUUCGCCGUUCGCGCCUCGCGCCGGUUCGCCGACUACUUCUUCAUCUCCGCGCCGCUUAUCGCGAUGGCGUUCGCGGCCACCGGCGCCGCGCUCUCGAUGCUCCUCGCCGACAUGCUGCAGCGGGUGCGGAUCAUCGCUACCUUCCUCACGCGCUACCUCGCGGGCAACCCCGCGCUGCCCCUCAUCCUCCAACUCGUCGACGGAGUCGUCAAGCAGAACGAGGCCGCAGCCAAGCGGAAGCUCUACGCGCUCGCCAUCGGCGCAGCCUCGCGAGGCCUAGGCUCCUUGCGGAGAGCGCGGUCCGUCUUCACGAUCGAGCUCGGCCCGCUGCUCACCGCGCUCCUCCUCGCAGGCCGGAUCGGAGGCUCGUACGCCGGCGAGGCUGGCGACGUCGCGAUGAUGGCCUCCACCUCGCAGGUCGACCUGCUCAAGGCUCUCGCCGCGCCGCUCCUCUCGCUGCUCGGCACCGCCGUCGCGCUGCUGAUGGGGGCGGUGGUCGGCGGAGGCGGAGGGUUCGACAUGAUAUCUCCCGACGAGUACUGGCGCGAGAUGCGGCCGCUGCUGCUCGAGCGACCGGAGGGGCAGCACCUGCUCAAGUUCGCGCCGCUGGUCAACGUGUACCGCUCCCUCGGCUUCAUGCUGUGCACGAUGGGCAUCUCGCAGCUCUGCUCGCGCAGCCGGCGGAGGCUGCAGCCGCGGCACGUGCCCCUCGUCAUCACGUCGGCGGUGGUGCUGUCGUGCCUCGCCAUCCUCUUCCUCGACUGGGGCUUCUCGCAGCUCUUCGCAGGCGGGGACGGGAGGCUGGGCGAUGGCGCCGAGGGCGGUGCGGAGGAGGAGUACGACGAGUUUGCAGACGAGCUCUGA